UCAAAGGUUUUCUCAGUCUUAAUUUUGAUUUCACAAGAAGCAGACAGCACCUAGACAUGUGUUUUUUACAAUUUCAAGUCCUUCCCUCCAAUUGUAGUAAUUGUAGGGCAUCGCUUGGUGCCUAGUUAAAAAUCUUUAUAAACAGAAAACGUGGUUGAGAUGUCUUUCCCCAAAAAAGAAGAACGUGAAGCAUGCUGGGAUUCUAGAGACAAAUAUUGGCAAUGUUUAGAUACAGCAACCGAACCUGAAAAACAGUGUGCACAAUUAAGGAAAUUUUAUGAGACGUCUUGUCCUGUCCAGUGGGUAAAACACUUUGACAGAAAACGGUCUUAUCUUAAAUUCAAAGAGAAGAUAGAGCAACAUGGGUACGAACCCUUAGAAGAACUAAACUCCAAAGCAUAAAAAUAAUAACUCCUAGCCUUUCUACUUAACGUUUGUUGCUGUUUUUUAACUUUUCCAAUUGUACAGAUUGGAUAUUUGUAGAAUUGUGUAGAUAAUAAAAUAAUAACAAUAAAUUAUCGCAAUUAUAUUUUUAAAAAAUCA